AUGAGCGGUUGUAACGUGUCACCCAAGCCAGAAGAUGAUUGUGAUAAAGGCAAAAAACAAAAACAUACAAAGCCACCAAAACAAGGUUACCCAUCAGGAUCCGAUAAUUUGCCUGAAGCUACAAAACCCCCAAAAGGAGGAAAAGCCUCUGCAAAGCCACCAAAACAAGGUUACCCAUCAGGACCCGAUGAUUUGCCUGAAGCUACAAAGCCCCCAAAAGGAGGAAAAGCAUCAGCAAAGCCACCAAAACAAGGUUACCCAUCAGGACCCGAUGAUUUGCCUUUAACAACUCAAGAACCCGGCUAUCCCGGUGAUUUGCCUGAAGCUACAAAACCCCCAAAAGGAGGAAAAGCAUCUGCAAAGCCACCAAAACAAGGUUACCCAUCAGGACCCGAUGAUUUGCCUGAAGCUACAAAACCCCCAAAAGGAGGAAAAGCAUCAGCAAAGCCACCAAAACAAGGUUACCCAUCAGGACCUGAAUCGGUUGUAACCACAACAGGUUGUUCAGCAGAAAUAGUACCUUAA